AUGACGUAUCUCUGCAGCGCGAACCGCACGCGAGAAUCUUGGAAAUCAGGCCAUUUGCUGAUCCAUCGGCCGGAAUUUGAUGAAGAAUUGAUGAAGGUCGAUCGGACAACCUCUUAUCAACCGGAUCUCAUGGCGAAAAUAUCUCGCGUAUCCUCAGCUCAGGAGGACGCCGCCAAGGCCAAAGCGAUUGAUCCGAACUACAGAAUCACGAGAGCCAAAUUGAAGAAAGCAAGGCGAACCGAAGCCAGAGAACUUCGACGCAGCGAGGAAGCAAAGGCCAUACCAUCACCAAAACCUACUUCACCGCCGGAACAGACAGCAGUAGACCGAUCGGACCCCGAAGCCGUGAGAGCCUUUAACACGGCACAGAGGCGCAAGAAAGCAAGGGAACGCAAGGCGAGAGAUCUGCAGCUUCUCUCGAAUCCGAUCCCCAAAUCCUCCAAAACUAUGAGGCCCAAAGCAGAGCAAAUCGUUGUAGGGCCAGCAGCCGAGUCAUUCGCGCAGAAGUCCAAGUCGGCGAAGAGACGCUCACGACAGUGUGCUCGGCGGAAGCUUGCUCAAGCUGCUGGGAAGGAGAACGGAGAAGCGAAGUGA